UAUUACCGAACUCGAUCGCCAGAAAAGCCAGGAAAAACCUCUUCAAGUUUGUCUUCUGGUUUAUGAGGUGGUAACCCCGAACGCAAAAGGGGAUUUAUUUCAGGUGCUAUCCAAAUAGAGUGCAAGAGCUUCAGAAGACGAUCUUAGUGAAGAACUAUCUGCGCUGAUGACGGCAUAUAGAGAUGCACCUAGUGAAAGCGUCAAAUUACAGAUUUUAAGUCUGUAUGCCUACAGAUUCCCUACAAAAAAAACUUAUGAAAUGUCAAGAACCAGAUGAGCCCGUCACGCGCUGGCAAAUAAAACAAGCCAGGAAACAUGCUAAAGAAAAAGGACCUGGAAUUCCACAGGAAAAAACAGUCCAACAUCGAAUUCGCCUUCUAAUGGCAAACGUCGAUCAUUUCGUCGAUUUUGUUAAUGGGCCUUACUUCUAUCAAGACGUGGCUUAUGGUACAAGAGAAAUCAAACUAGGAACGGGAGAGAAACUGGCCAUGCCUAACGUCGUGCGCACCGUAACUCGAACUACCAUGAUUAACCAGUAUUUACAGUACUGUGAAGAGGAGGCGUUCUUACCCCUCAGCACCCGAACUCUUUCUAAGAUUCUUGAGGUAAGGGAGGCAUCCCAGAGAAGGUCACUUCAAGGCUUGGACAAUAUCGCUACUGAUGGUGCAGCUGCAUUUGAGACUCUAGAGAAAGUAAUAGAUGAACUGAAUUCAUUGGAUGCUGAGUCCAAAUGGUGUACGCAAAGCACGACAACCCUUGGGGGUUCCAACGGUACUUAA